CAAAUUGAAAAUUCCUCAUUAGCGCAGCUAAAGUAGGUGGUACCAUAGAAUGGAAGUGAUGGAGCGCACUUGUACAAAUGGAAUCAAGCUCUCCCGCUUAACUUCGAACACUUCAAAACUUCUCCUACAUUUUGAUAUUGCUGUGCCUCAGAAUUUUUCUCUCCAAUUCUCCUCCUCCUCCUAACCUCAAAAUGAAGUCCCCACUUUCCCUCAUUCUCAGCCGCCACCCCUCCAAAUCAAAACCCCUUCCACCCUUCCUGACUCUCCUCGAUUUUGAUUGCCGAGUCCUCAUCUACAAAACCCUCCUAGCUUCUGAAUAUCAUUUCUACUUCAAUAACCCCACCCCUGGACUCCUUGAUGGACUACUACGGUCGUGUAAAUUCCUCCGAGAUGAGAUCAAGCAAUGGUACCGUCUCAACCGUAAGCAGAACUGGCUGACGACAAUCCCCUCCCUCGGCCUCGGGAUAUUCGCACCCGACGCAACGAUUUUCCAUCUAGAUUUCGACUACCGAACCCGAGGAAAUUUAAAUUUAUUGCAGAGACACCGGAGAAGGGCAAUAAAGAAAGCACACAUUCACGAAUUCAGACCGGCUGUGGAAGUUGAACUGUACAAAAUCGAGCAUUUGGUCAUACACAGGGACACGCUUCCCAAGUACCCUAAACUCUCCGUGGAAAAGUCAGAGGCGAAUAAGGUGUUAAGCGCCAUGAAGAAUCUUAAGAGCGUCGAGUUUGCAAUUCGCGUUCAGGAGUCAAGGCGGAGCUUGCACAGCAUGAGUUCCUUCCGGUGA